AUGACGCCAACCAAUGGAGAGAAGAAUACAAAUACGGAGAAUUUCCAUGCGAUGUUGCGAAGGUCUAGCAAUAGGUUAAGUGGAGGAUCGGUGCCCCCACCGGACUCAGAGAUCAUCGUACCCACGACGCAAGUAGCCAAUCUACGUGGGAGAGGCCAAGGUCGCAGUCGAGGGGGUAGCCCGGCCAAUUCUCGAGGUACUCAUCAACAAUCACCAAGAAGAAACGUCACCCCGGUAGUGACGCUAACGGUUCCAAGACCAGGCGAUGCUACAUCUACAGAAGCACAAACUGGAGAACGACCAAGCGACCAAUCAACGAAUGGUCAAAUAGGUUCAACACAAUCAGGCACUUCAGUGAUUCACUCUGCGGGGUUGAUUUCAAGAGACGCCGUUAGCAAUGAACCGUCGAGAACCUCCCCAGCUCGUAGAAACACGACGAACGCCAUCGGGGUUAGCCCUCCAAGAGGAUUCCAUUCCUGGCUCAUGGCAAACGGACUCUCGGUGGUGAACUCCUCUGAACCUAGUGGUCGAGUGAUACAAAACACAUCAUCAGCUCUUGCAAAGAAUGCCACUGCGAACCAGGGAGCAAGUUCUCUCCCCAACACGGCGGCUCAGCCCAUUGAUAAAACUCUCAUCGGAAGAAACCGAGUUCAAGUUGAUUUAACUAAAGAUGACGUACCUGUAGCUGCAGAGAAGAAGAAAGUGGAGGUCGGUGAUGCGGGUAUUGAGGUUAACGGAUUGAUAGCCCUUUCACCAUACUUCGAAACCAAGAUGAAGCCUGUAGAUGGAUACGUUCCUCUGUCUAUCUUCAAUACGAUGUGGCUAAAGCAGGAUCUGAUCCGGUAUUCCUCACGAAACAAGAAAGAGAAGAAAGAUGAUGAGAAGUACACUGGCCUUCCUAUACCUGAUGAGUGGAAGAUGAGUUUCGGAGAAUGGGUAACUGCGUUCGACUUGUUCAUCUCUUACCUGCGACACUAUGGCCAUACCGACUUGGCGGAUUGGUUCUUAAUUCAUCGUGAGAAUGUCUUAGCGAUUAAGCGGGAGCGCGUUUCUUGGAUAAUGGCCUUCCGUUACGACCAAUCCAUACGGACCACCGUCAUGACCUUUAGGAACGCAGAUGGUAAAUUGGCUAAUCCAGCAAUACGGGACGAGACUAGAGAAAGAGAAGCUUGGAAUGAGACGGAACACCUAGGUGAUCUCUUACCUCGUUACGCCGAAAUCAACCCUUAUUUGGACGGACAACCUAAAAGUCAUAUUAAUCCUAUCUCGGGGGAAGUCAACUCCUACGGUCACCAACACUCGUACUCUUCUUCUAAUGGGCACCUUACCCAUAGCAAUCACCACGGGAAACCCAACACCAGGUCGUGGGCCCAUUCGAAUCAGCCGGUUUAUGACGGACCGGGUAGCUCAGGUUAUGUCAACUACGACGACAGAAGAAACUCUGGUCGGAACGUGAGAGGACGCGGUCGAGGUGGAGGUUGGACGUCUCAUGGAUCUGGGAACCGAGAUAACCGUGACGGUCGCGAUGCAGACAGAUCGAAUGGCUGUGACAACGACUACUACGAUAGCCGUAGAGGUGAUGGUAGUGGUUCCUGGAGAAGAGACGAAAGACGCGAUGAGCGCAGAGGAGAAGGAAACGGACCAAAGUUUGGAGGAAACGCCAAGGCAAAUGCUACGUGCACCAAUGCCGCGACCUCGUAUAGAAUGGUCAGAAUAGUGGUACUCACAAUUUGUGAUUUCUUGAUUUGUUGUCCCGAUGUGACCGAGCAUUUCCAAUACUCAGAUAUAGUCUCUCAUUGUCGCCGCCUGUUCCCUCAUUCUCCCAGUUUGACAUCUCAGUGGAGUUGA